CCGGCGAUUGAGCGAAGUUCGUCAUCGAAGGGAAAGCCAAGACCUAAUGUCGUGAGUUAGGAGAAUAGACCUCACAUUCAUAUUUCCUCUCAUAAUCAUUACCCUUCCUAUUCUUCGCAUUUUCUGUCUCGUACUCCAUCUUCAAAUAGACAUGACGAUAACUCGUAGAGCGGCAGCUCGAUAUAGGUGUCGCACAAAGUGAAACCAACUCUGCUGCUGCGGUGUUCCUCUGUCCUUUGUUGCCAAUUGGAGGCUUGGAGGUAUUCCCAAACGAAUCUUCCACGAACGCCAUCGUACCUUCUCCAGCUAAUUCAGUGGCUGCAUUGCCCUGUAUUGAAUCUUACCUUCUGCAUCGAGUAAUAUUAUAUCGGCUAAGCCUCAGCGGCAAUGAAGGGAAGCUGAUCAGGGUGGAGACGGAAAGAUGGCUGCUGGAAUUUACUCCAUCCCAGAAGAAACUCAACUAUACCUCAAGUAUCCACCACAUGAGGAAUUUGGACAUCAUUUUCGUAGGAUGCUUUAAUGCUUCUAGGAUUUCGUGCGUAAGACUACUUGUAUGCUGAUUUCUCUCGAGAUACCCGCAGUUUGAGGAACUCUCAUGGAACAUGCGUUACCGUCGAUGGUAGUCACAAUUCGUUAAGGAGCAAAUUCCUGGACGCCUAUUUUGUCCUUCUCCGUAGCAUUCACAAGGCUGUGUUCUCUCGCAAACGAAGUCUGCAGGGCCAGUCAUCUUGCUAAUCUCGACGUCCAGUGGAAGAUCGGGAUUAGCCAUCACUUGCGUAGUGUGCGCGGAUGCUCUGGACGAUAUAUGCUCGAAGGAAGAUGCUCGUCAAUGGCGUCUCGAAGUUGUCCAAACUUGUAGCGGUAUGCCCGAAUCGAGGGGACUAGACGGCAUAGCUCCUCUUCAUGCGGAAUGCCCGAAGGGUUUUGCUCCACAAGUGGGGCUGAGGACGAAAGAGAACUAGGCUUCGAGGGCAACGAUUUCGUGUGGUGACAGGAUUCCGCGCUGGUUAAUGUCGGCCUCAUUCCACUCGCAGGGUUCGAAUCACGGUGUCGAAUCGUUUGAGAAGGUCGGGGAAGCGUACAAGCGGCUGAGUUCAAGCGGGCGACCAUGAGAGAGACUUGCGUGUCCUGCGGUCGGCCUCAUCGCGUGUGCCUAUGCUCCGUGCUUCCAAAGCACCCUCUGCGCACCGCCACCAAGAUCAUAAUUCUGCAGCAUCCCCACGAGACUCGUCACAAGCUCGCCACUGUGCCAGUCGCUGCCCGCUGCCUCUUGGAUUGCGAAGUCGUGGUUGGGCGGAAAUUUCGACCUGGGAGUUGUCACCACCUCGACGAGUGCGCUUCUUCCUCCUCGGCCGAAUGUCGUACUUGCGGGCACAAGAAUUCAGUGCUUCUUCUCUUCCCGACCCCAACUGCUACCGAUUUGAGGGCGUGGUGUCAGUCCUCAAAAAAUGCCACGCGCUCUUCAGCGUCUGAGUCCCUGGACAUUGGAAACCCGCAUGUCGAUGGCGAUGAAUUGACGGAAGGGGAAUCCUUGCACUCGCUUGCAGAACGGGCUUUGGAACUAGGUGGGGAAGGUCAAGGUUUAGCGCAUGAGGAGGUGAGAGAUGGCAGCUGCGGUGAUGGUUGCCGUGGGAGACAGAGGACCCUACUGAUUGUCGAUGGGACAUGGCAGCAUGCCAAGGAGAUGGUCAAAGCCAGUGCGCCGUUCUUGGAAGAUUUUGUGACGAAUGUGAGCUUGCCUCAUGACGUUUCUCGAGAAGGUUGGGGCAUGGGCGACAUGGAUUCGAUUUUGAGGAAGGAGCCAUUCGCCGGCUGCGUCAGUACCAUGGAAGCCAUAGCUCGUGCUCUGGGAAUUUUGGAACUCGACGGGCCUCGUAUCGAGACUACUUUGCUCUCCGUUCUUCAGGAGAUGGUCAAUUUGCAAGCGUCCCAUUUCUCGCCUUUGAAACCUCGUCCUCGUCUUGCUAAAAAGAAAUUCUGCGAUGGACAGGCUGACGGCCAACCAGCUUGACGGCGCUACCUCUGCUUCGAGAACCUUCAUUCGGAUGCCUCCGAGCUGCCGAUCGACGCGAGGAUGCAUCUGGAUGUCAGAAUAAGACCAGAGGUCUAUCACAUUCAUUUCUUCGAGCCAUGCGUAGGGGAGAUCGAACCCACUGUGUACACGAUCACGGACGCCUGGAGAUUUCUAGCGGAGAAGGCUCAGAGGCCAAUCGUCAGCUCUGACGUUAUUCUAGAGAAGAUAUACUUUCAAACAUUUGGGCACAAAUACAAAACAUUUCUUCUUUCAAUCUUACAUUCCUCCUCGAUCUCGUCGCCGGUAGGGCAGCAAAUCAUGAUUCCUCCCAUCUGUUCGGGACGUACACUAUCGCCAAUGCUAUCACUUUCGGGACGUGGAAAAUUUCGUGAGACGCAUGAUGUUUACGUGUUCAUGUAU